UAUUUUUAGAAAAAAUAUACAGAAAACGGCGUACAGCGUUGUUAUGCUUACAGUUGAUGCAUAUAUUUUAUCUAUGCGAGAUGAUUUUGAGCUUAAACUGAUAAUUAUUAAAUCGCUAAGAGUAUUAAUCGCUCUCGUAAACAUGGGUGCGCUAGUUCGUUAAAAUCUAUGAAUCUUAUGCCAAUUUUAAGUUGAAUUCCAUCAUGUUGCUGUCAAGUAUUUUCAUACGGAACGAUAUUAUUUUGCUAAUUUCUAAAAUUGCUGUAAAUGCCAACUCCCGGUUGCAUGGAAGAAAAUUAUCUUGUAACAAGAGAUAUUUAUAUUAUUUGCGAGAGAAUUUGCUCAAGAGAAUUAGCUUAACGGGAUUGUCAUAUCAUAUAAUAAGAUUACAGCAGUUGUUUUCCGAGCCUGUAAUCGCAUAUAAACGUCUCAAUUUGAUAACUACGGAAAAGCAGCAUUCCGCACCAAGCUAUAAGAAACAUUUAACAACGGGAGAAUUCUUCGGCAUAAAAAUAAUUACCUUCGUAUCAAGAAUAUUCCUUUUUAUAACCAUAGAACAUAUCUUUUCGUCGUUAAAAGUAGUUAUCUUGCAAGUAUAUAUAGCGAAUUUCACAAAUAAAUCUGAUACAUUAAUUGAAUGCCGUUUUUUUAAACAUUCAGAAUGCAAUAGUAAAAAUUUCGAUCUCCCGAUGAAAUUUCGGUCAAACCCGUUAGUUUUGCAACGUCGUUAGAUUUGAGUUUUUAGGCAUAAUGUUAUAUAGUCUUAAGGUCAUGUCGUCUUAAAAGACUUAAUUGAUAAGUAUUUUAUGCAAUCCAAUACAGAAAAAGUAUUUCAUUUGGUUAUAUUGGUAAUGUUUAUUAAAGCAUGAAGUUGCUUACUAUAAACUUUUUAUGUCAAAAGCGGUAAACUCUUAAUGAUUUUCAGACACGUUUAGGUUGGUGAGUUUUCUAACCAAUGUUCUGUCUCUUAGUGUCUCGUGAUAAACAUCAAUGGUGAAGAACAAUCUUUCGAACGAUCAUGUCGGAAAGCGUUAGACCAUCGUCCUCUAAAACAGCCAUGUCGAUCGCCUUCAAAAGAGCUCGUCGCAAGUUUCCGAAAAACUUCGGGCUCAGUUCGAACCGCGUCGAAAAGGAAAGCUCCGAACAAGAUUCAAAAUCAACCGACAAACCGGUCGAUCCCGUCGAUGAAAAAAUGUACCACCGGUCAAUACCGGAGGACGUGGAGACUGGAUUGAUCGACUCGUUCAAGGAAGUCAAGCUUACCGAGGAGCCUGAAAUCGUCCGUGACCAAUGCCAAGACCAAUCGGAAAACUUUGUCGGCUUACGUUUGAGAGCCGAGCGUCCGACUGCGGACGAGCGCGAAAAAUGCGAGAGCCUGUAUCGCGGGGAGCAAGCGCGCGCCAACGAAAGGUUGUCGUCUCUAGCCGCGCACACAUCUGGAACCACGAAUGCAAUCGCUGGGACAAUUGCGGUAAUGCCGACGAUAAGCGAGCUCUCGAGCGACGUACCGCGGGUCAACGAGAUCGCCAAUUUUCCAGCAGACAUGGAGGUCGUCGAAACGCCGACGCGCGGAUACGAAGAGACAGCCGCGCGCCGAAAGCGACAGUUGCACAGGUGCAAGAAGAGCUCGCACCGACACUCGGGCCACGUCUGCGAGGACCAGCGAUUUGAGUUGUACUCGAGCAGCAGCAGCAGCAGCAGCUGUCAGUGGCACGAGCAUUGCGCUCACUGUCAGCAUUAUCGCCGGCACUGCAGCUGCUGUCGGACGUGCUACUGCUGCUGCGCUCGGUGCUGCUUGACUUGGCAAGAUUGCACAGCGAUCGCGCGCGAAGCGUGUCCCAGCUGCAGGCGUCGGCGCUCAAAGAAGAAACGCUGCUCGGUUUGUAACGGGAAACGUCUCUCCAGCAGCCCGUCGGUCACGUGCUCGCGCGACUCCGGCAUUUUCACGCAAAAGCGUUACGAAGACUACGACGGCGGCGGCGGCGGCGGUGGCGGCGACGACGACGACGACGACAACGACAACGACAACGACAACAACGACAACGACGACGACAACGACAACGACAACGACGACGACAACGACUAUAACGACGACAAUGACGACAACGAAGAUGCCUCGGCGACGUUGGCGCACAAGGACUCGCUGUCGAUUCUGCAGGAGCAGUACGCCAAAAAGGAUCCAAGCCGCGACGUCGAAACGCGGAGAGCUAAGGGGAAGACGGCUUGCAAGAGAAUAUCCAGCAGAUAUUCGUAUUAUUGA